AUGGACUUUCUGAAAUCUGCAGUCGCCUCUGCCAUUGCCAAAUCAAGCUCCUUUCCAGUGACCAUCGGGGACAGGAUCGAUCUCGGAGACUCGAUCUGGUCUUUACACAAUGCCAUCAAGAAGGACGACUAUAGUCAAUGUUGCCUCUUCACCUUCGACAUCAGCCUCAACAAGGCCCGGCUACCGUUGGCCAAAAACGCGGCGCGAAAGUUGCGCACCCUGCGACAUCCGGGCGUGAUUCGGGUCAUCGAUGUGAUUGAGAAUGAGACGCACAUAUACAUCAUCGUCGAGAAGGUCACACCUCUAAGCUGGCACAUCAAACGCAAGAGUCUGAGCGAAGAGACCAUAAAAUGGGGAUUGUACAGCGUUUCUUCCACCUUGAAGUUCAUCAACAACGAUGCUUCUUCCGUACACGGCGCCGUUCGAGUCUCGUCGGUCUUUACCAGUGAAAGUGGGGAAUGGAAGCUUGGGGGCUUUGAACUGUUGAGUUCGAUGAACGAAGACGACGCCAUCAUUUAUACGUACGGGAGCUUGUUACCGGAUUCUGGCCGAUAUGCGCCCCCGGAAGUUGCCAACGGCGGCUGGUCCGCCAUCAAAAAGAAUCCCCUCGGUGCACCCGACGCAUACGGGUUGGGGAUACUGGUCUUUGAAGCAUUUAAUGGUACUUUCAUGGGCACUGAUCAACUAGGACAACCUAGAAGCAUACCUGGAAACAUGGUCCAGAGCUACCGAAGAUUAAUCAACGCAAACCCGAAAAUCAGAUUGAAUGCCGGCCAAUUUGUCGAGCUCGGAAGGAAGACAGGAGGGUUCUUCGAGACACCUCUAAUCCACAUCACCGAGGAUGCGGAUCGUCUGGGGUUGAAGACCGAAGAUGAAAGAGACGAGUUCCUAGGAGAGCUGGAUGCCCUGACCGACGACUUCCCGGAAGACUUCUUCAAGAUGAAAAUCCUACCCGAACUGCUUAAAUCCGUCGAGUUUGGUGGUGGAGGACCUAGCGUUUUCGGAGCGAUCAUGAAGAUAGGUUUGAAAAUGUCCGACGACGAAUUCGAAUCUCGACUUGGACCUGUGAUUCUGCGGCUUUUUAGUAGCCCUGAUCGAGCCAUGAGAGUGUGCCUACUGGACAACCUACCGUUGAUGGUCGAUCGGAUCCCCCAAAAAGACGUCAACAACAAGAUUUGGCCAGCCAUGACUACGGGUUUCAUCGAUACAGCCCCAAUAGUGAGGGAACAGACGGUGAAAGGUGUACUGUCAAUAAUCUCCAAACUGUCUGAUCGAGUGAUCAACGGAGAGUUACUGCGAUACCUCGCUAAAACCGCCAGUGAUGAGCAGCCUGGGAUACGAACCAACACGACAAUUUGCCUGGGGAAGAUUGCCAGGAAUCUGGGAGUUGGUUCACGGUCGAAAGUUCUGAUUGCAGCAUUCUCUAGGUCUCUCAGGGAUCCCUUUGUACAUGCCCGCAAUGCAGCUUUGAUGGCCCUCAACGCUACUAUUGAUGUAUUCAGCGACGAAGAUUGUGCCACCAAGAUCCUUCCGGCGGUUUGUAUCAGCCUCAUCGACAAGGAGAAGCUGGUUCGCGACCAGGCAAACAAGACUUUGGAUAGCUAUCUGCAAAGGGUGCGGAAAUAUGCAUCGACCAUGUCGGAUACUGCGCUUCCACGGGAGACUGCAACCGGCGCUGCUACUGCACCUGCUCCCGCUAGAAUGGGAAAUCAGAGCGACACAAGCUGGGCUGGUUGGGCAAUUUCCUCCUUUACCAACAAAAUGGCCGGUGCAAGCGGCGAAAUGGCUUCGUCGACAACUGCGAACGGGUCUGCGAAUGGGUCUGCGUUGAAACAAACGCAGUCACUCCCCGCCUCUGGGCGCGCAACCCCUACAGUCAAUGUCAUCCCCGCGAAACCGGUCACUAGCUCUCCAAGGCCCACUGCCUCAUACACAGCAAGGAGCUCGACUUCCCAACCGCCUGAACCUGUGGAGACUUUUGAAGAUGAUGCCAUGGAUGCCUGGGGGACGAUGGAUGACGAUGGAGACAAUUUUUUCGAUGCUUCCAGCCAAGCCGCCAAAGCUGCCGGUGCUCCUGCUGUUGCCUUUGAUGACGGCGGGGAACCAGAUUUUGCAGGCUGGUUGGCUGCACAGUCCAAAGCGAAGGCCCACAAGCAGCUGCCUAAGGGAUUGACCAAGUCAAAUGCCGCUGGAGAAGGAUUGAAUAUCAGACCAUCUGUUCCGGCGAGAAGCAUCUCUGCUGGCGCUGGCGUUGGUAAUGGCGCGUCCAAUGUGAAGAGACCUACCGUUGGAAGUGCCAGGACCGUAACUUCAAUGACUGUGAAGAAGGACGUCAAGAAGGAGGUGCCGAAGCCUAUCGAGGCAGACAUGAACGAUGAUGACUGGGGAGAUGCUUGGGAUUGA